AUGGCUGCAGAUUUAGGAGAGCUGCUUGUCCCUUAUAUGCCCACCAUCAGAGUUCCCAGAACAGGAGACAGGGUUUUCAAGAGCGAAUGUGCCUUUUCCUACGAUUCUCCCGAGUCUGAGGGAGGAUUGUAUGUGUGUAUGAACACAUUCCUGGGCUUUGGCAGAGAACAUGUGGAGAGACAUUACCGUAAAACCGGACAGAGUGUUUACAUGCUCCUCAAACGGCAUGUCAAAGAGAAAGCCACAGGUUCCGCAGGAGGCGCCAUCUCCAGAAGAAGAAAUGGCAGAGUGUUCCUGGAUUUAGAACUAAACCGUGAUUUUAACGGGGAUGAGUAUGAGUGUGAAGACGAGGCCAAGCUCGUCAUAUUCCCAGACCACUUCGAGAUCCCCUUACCAAAUAUUGAGGAGUUGCCUGCACUGGUGACAAUAGCCUGUGAUGCCGUGCUCAACGCUGCGUCAGCCUACAAAAAGCAGGAGUCUGACUCCUGGGACGAGGAGAUCCAGGUGUCCAAACAUGCCAGGAGUCUCCGACAGCAGGACAACGGAGUGAGAAUCCCACCCAGUGGUUGGAAAUGUCAGAAGUGUGAGAUGAGAGAGAACCUGUGGCUGAACCUGACGGACGGAGCGGUGCUUUGUGGGAAGUGGUUCUUCGACGGUGCUGGAGGAAACGGCCAUGCCCUGGACCACUACAAAGACACCAACUUCCCCCUGGCAGUCAAACUGGACAACAUCACCGCAGAUGGAGCAGAUAUAUAUUCAUUUGAUGAAGAAGAAGCAGUCCUGGACCCUCACAUAUCCGAACACUUGCAACACUUUGGAAUAGACAUGCUACAGAUGCAGCAGGUAAAAAAUGGCCACCUCAACACAGACAACACAGAGAGCGUUCGGCCUCGGGUCAGCGAGUGGGAGGUGAUCCAGGAGUCAGGCAUGAAGCUGAAGGCGGUGUAUGGCUCAGGUUUCACAGGCAUUAAGAACUUGGGUAACAGCUGCUACCUGGGCACCACCAUGCAGGUCCUUUUCAGCAUCCCAGAGUUCCAGAGGGCGUAUGUUGGAAAUCUACAGAGGAUCUAUGACUACUCACCUCUUGACCCCACCACGGAUUUCAGCACACAAAUGGCUAAACUGGGCCACGGACUUCUCUCAGGCCUGUACUCCAAACCACCAAUGAAAUCCGAGCUCAUUGAACAGGUGAUGAGAGAAGAAUACAAGCACCAGUCGAAGGGCAUCUCUCCCAAGAUGUUCAAAGCCAUGGUCAGCAAGGGCCACCCCGAGUUCUCCUCCAACAGACAGCAAGACGCACACGAGUUCUUCCUGCACCUCAUCAACCUGGUCGAGAGAAACAGUGCUGGCUCAGAGAACCCCAGCGAUGUCUUCCGCUACCUGGUGGAGGAGCGUGUGCAGUGCUGCCAGACGCAGAAGGUGUGCUACAACCAGAAGGUGGACUACCUGAUGCAGCUCCCGGCCCCCAUGGAGGCUGCCUCCAACAGAGAGGAGCUGAUAGCGUAUGAGGCCAAGCGAAGAGAGGCAGAGGAGAACAUGAGAGCCCCUCCAGAGCCUGUGAGGGCCCGGAUCCCCUUCACAGCGUGCCUGCAGGCCUUCACAGAGCCAGAGAACGUCCCCGACUUCUGGAGCUCAGCACUGCAGGCCAAGUCAGCUGGAGUCAAGACUUCUCGUUUCGCCUCCUUCCCAGAGUAUCUGGUAGUGCAGAUUAAGAAAUUCACAUUUGGGGUUGACUGGGUUCCAAAGAAAUUAGAUCUGUCCAUAGACGUACCAGACUUCCUGGAUCUGUCUCGACUCCGGGGCACAGGGCUGCAGGCAGGAGAGGAAGAGCUCCCUGACCUCACCCCCCCCAUCGUCCUGCCUGAAGACACCAGAGAUGACUCAAUGAACUCCUCAGAUUCCCCAGAUAUAGAUGAGUCGGCGGCUAUGCAGCUGGCGGAGAUGGGCUUCCCUCUGGAGGCCUGUCGGAAGGCCGUUUACUACACAGGGAACAUGGGCCCUGAAAUGGCCUUCAACUGGAUCAUAGCCCACAUGGAGGAGCCUGACUUUGCUGAGCCCCUGGCCCUGCCUUCCUUCAUGGAGCCAGGCCCCUCCAUGGCCAGCCUGGGCCUGGCUGCCACCCCCCUGGACAACCAGCCUCCGGAGGAGAGCAUCGCCAUCCUCACGUCCAUGGGCUUCCCCCGCCGCCACACCGUCCAAGCCCUCAAAACCACGAACAACAACUUGGAGAGGGCUCUGGACUGGAUCUUCACCCAUCCGGAGAGGGAGGAGGAGGAGGAGGCUAGCGACGACCUUUUGGACAUGUCUGACAUCAUGGAGCCCAACGACAACACCUUCUCCAACGCAAACACGAACAGCCACUCCACGCUGUCCCCAGACCAGGAUGCCUCGGGCCCCCGGAUCAAAGACGGACCCGGACGUUACGAGCUUUUUGCUUUCAUCAGCCACAUGGGAGCGUCCACGAUGUCUGGUCGUUAUGUAUGUCAUAUCAAAAAGGAAGGAAGAUGGGUGAUCUUCAAUGACCAUAAAGUGUGUUUGUCAGAAAGGCCUCCAAAAGACUUGGGCUACAUCUACUUUUACCGUCGGCUGUCUAGCUGCUAGACCUAGCCCCCCCUCCUUGACCGUCAGCUGUCUAGCUGCUAGACCUAGCCCCCCCUCCUUGACCGUCAGCUGUCUAGCUGCUAGACCUAGCCCCCCCUCCUUGACCGUCAGCUGUCUAGCUGCUAGACCUAGCCCCCCCUCCUUGACCGUCAGCUAUCUAGCUGCUAGACCUAGCCCCCCCUC